UGAGUCCCGCCUCAGCCCGCGCCCGUCCCCCGCCCGCCGCGGCACCAUGUCCGGCUCCGGCAGGAAAGACUUCGACGUGAAGCACAUCCUGCGCCUCCGCUGGAAACUGUUCAGCCACCCCUCGCCGGCGGGCGGCCCGGCGGGGGGAGGCUGCCUGCCGCCCGACAGCAGCUUCGAGCACUGGGGACCGAGCCAGAGCCGCCUGCUGAAGAGCCAGGAGAGAGGCAACGGCGUCUUCUGGAAGAAAUCCGCCUCCUCCGCCUCCUCCUCGGCAGCCACCACGGCCAGCCCGGCCAACGGGACACUGCUGCCCGCCGGCGGCCGGCUAGCCACGGGGCACGGCCCGGGACCGCCGCCACCCCGCACCGUCUUCUACGUGGAGUCCCUGGAGGAGGAGGAGGAAGAGGAGGCGGUGCCCGGCGGGAUGGAGGUGGCCCGCGAGCCCGAGAAGCCCCUGGAGCCGCCGGAGGGGGAGGAGGCGCCGGGGGGCUGCGCCGAUGGAGGCAGCCGGGCAACAGGUGACGGAGGCGGGCACAGACUGUCAGGAGCCAGCCACCCCUUGCCACCCCAUUGUGACAUGGAUUCGUGCAGCUCUGAGGAAUUCUACCAGGCUGUUCACCAUGCAGAGCAAACCUUCAGGAAGAUGGAGAGCUACUUGAAGCAGCAGCAGCUCUGUGAUGUUAUCCUCAUUGCUGGGGAUCGCAAGAUACCUGCACACAGACUUGUCCUCAGUUCUGUCUCUGACUACUUUGCUGCCAUGUUUACAAGUGAUGUUUGUGAAGCCAAGCAAGAAGAGAUCAAAAUGGAAGGCAUAGACCCCACUGCACUGUGGGAUCUUGUUCAGUUUGCAUAUACAGGCUGCCUGGAAUUAAAAGAAGACACCAUUGAAAACCUCCUAGCAGCUGCCUGCCUCCUCCAGCUCCCACAAGUAGUAGAGGUUUGCUGCCAUUUUCUAAUGAAGCUUUUGCACCCAUCCAACUGUUUGGGAAUACGAGCAUUUGCUGAUGCACAAGGAUGCACAGAGCUCAUGAAGGUGGCUCACAACUACACCAUGGAGAAUAUAAUGGAAGUUAUAAGAAAUCAAGAAUUUUUACUUCUACCAGCCGAAGAACUCCAUAAACUUCUUGCCAGUGAUGAUGUGAAUGUUCCUGAUGAAGAGACCAUUUUCCAUGCCUUAAUGAUGUGGGUGAAGUAUGAUAUGCAGAGGCGAUGCAAUGACCUAAGUAUGCUGCUUGCUUAUAUCAGAUUACCACUCCUUCCACCUCAGAUACUGGCUGACCUGGAAAAUCAUGCACUUUUUAAGGAUGACCUAGAAUGCCAGAAGCUUAUUCUGGAAGCCAUGAAAUACCAUCUUUUACCAGAAAGAAGAACUCUCAUGCAAAGUCCAAGAACUAAGCCUAGAAAAUCUACAGUUGGAACACUUUACGCUGUUGGAGGAAUGGAUAACAACAAAGUUCUGCUUGUCUCAUCAGGAGCUACAACUAUUGAAAAGUAUGAUCUCAGAACAAACAUAUGGAUUCAGGCUGGAGUAAUGAAUGGCAGGAGGCUUCAGUUUGGUGUUGCUGUCAUCGAUGACAAGCUGUUUGUCAUUGGAGGCCGGGAUGGUUUAAAGACAUUAAACACUGUUGAAUGCUACAAUCCAAAGACCAAGGCUUGGACUGUGCUACCACCUAUGUCAACACAUAGACAUGGCUUAGGAGUUACAGUGCUUGAAGGGCCUAUUUAUGCAGUGGGAGGACAUGAUGGUUGGAGUUAUUUGAACACAGUUGAGAGGUGGGACCCUCAAAGUCAGCAGUGGACAUUUGUGGCAAGUAUGUCAAUUGCCAGAAGCACUGUUGGAGUAGCAGCAUUAAAUGGCAAGUUAUAUUCAGUUGGAGGUCGUGAUGGAAGUUCAUGUUUGAGUUCAAUGGAAUAUUAUGAUCCUCACACAAAUAAAUGGAAUAUGUGUGCUCCUAUGUGUAAGAGAAGAGGAGGUGUAGGAGUGGCUACAUGUGAUGGCUUUCUUUAUGCAGUUGGAGGUCACGAUGCUCCGGCUUCUAAUCACUGUUCUCGACUGCUGGACUAUGUGGAAAGGUAUGACCCAAAAACUGAUACAUGGACAAUGGUGGCUCCACUGAGUAUGCCUCGAGAUGCUGUUGGUGUUUGCCUCCUUGGUGACAAAUUAUAUGCAGUAGGUGGCUAUGAUGGUCAGUCAUACCUGAACACUAUGGAAGCAUAUGACCCUCAAACUAAUGAGUGGACACAGAUGGCUUCCUUAAAUAUUGGAAGAGCUGGUGCCUGUGUUGUAGUCAUCAAACAACCAUGACUUUGUCAGCACUACUUAGGAUUUUACUGACUGUGAAAUGAUUAUUUUUCUAUGAGACAAAGAGAAUGAUAACUUGACAAGAACAAGGAUUUACACAGUGAAUACACUGUUGAUCACAAACUUGAAGAAGUUUGGAAGUGACAAAGAUUAAGUAUUUAUGCCCUAUAAAAUAAAACUGUUCACAGUCAUGAACAAGGAAAAAAACCCAGAGUAUUGUAGGCGUAAAUAUGUGAAUGUAGAGUAGUAAGUUCAGGUACUGUUCUCAUGAAUGUAUCCUGGAGAACUGGAUAAUCAUGGGAAGGCUCUACACAAAGAGCAGAAAGGCAUAUGAGAACAGUUUUCAUGGCUGCAAGAGAACUGCAGAAACAUGAAAGUAUAUUUAAUCAAUUUUAAACUGUGUUUUUUAAAAGAGAAAAGUGGAUAGUAAUAUAAUUUUUUUGCUGUUCAGGUCUUGUCUUCAAAUGGGUUAUGGCCUUCUCAUUUAAAUGAGCAGUUUGAUUUUUACUAAAGGGAACAGGUCAAAUGGUCUGGAUAUUCAUAGCAACUGAGUUGUGACUCUAGAGUAGGAAGAAAAACAAAACUAAAAGACUUUUUUCUAACUUCAGACUGUACCUCCUUGGCAGUAUUAACGCAUCUUAUAAAUGAGUCUAUGAGGGGGAAGCCUGUGUGUUUAAUCAACUAAUGCAUAAAGCAAUCCUGUGGCUGCACUUGGGCUUUGCUGCAAAUAUGGGAGUCAAAGGAACAGUUACCUAAUUCUUUCUUAAUCUUAUAUUCAGUUUAAGCAUGUGGGCUCUAAUCUCAUUGUUUAAUGCAUCUACUGCAUGUUGGAAGCUCAUGACAAACUGGAAAAUUGAUAUCCUUCUUUCACUGCAUCAUGUUAACAGAUGAACUGUGACCAGAACAGUCUACAUAGCCUCUUCUAGAAUUUCAAGAGGGAAAAAAAUCAUAUAUUUUAUUUCUUUCUGAUGCUUGUACGUACAAAAUUUUGCCUAAUUAGAGCUGCCAAUUUAUGACUUUCCUAUUUAUGACUGAGAAUAACUGCAAGUCAGGAAAUCAAAAUAAAUGCAAGUGGAAUAAGGAAAAUUAAACCAUUUUUUCUAAUAAAGUUCAUAUGGUAAAUAUACUAGUGUCAUCUGUGCUUCCCUUUAGGGUUGAUAAUUUCUGCCAGUAAUGAUAACUUUGAGCUUUUGUUUUGGCAUUAGAUUUGAUGCUGAUGCUUUCUGUCUGCUCAGCUGAAUCACUUUGAAGCUAAGGCCACUACAGGAAUAUGAAAUUCUGCUAUUCAGGGGCUCACAGUUUCUGGGAACAGGACACCAAAUAUACUUUCUAAAGCCCUGCUGAUCCUAUAGGAGACAUUUUAUGGCCAAAAAGCAAAACCUCACAAUCCUCUGUCACUAUCAAUUUUGAGAAGGAAUUCUGGUUCCACUAAAAUGAGUUUUCUUAGUGGAAACCUUUGCAAUCAUCUGAGAUGAAAAAAUACAUAGAGCUUCUAUCUUGGGACAUCUGAUUUGAAGAUGUGUCUAACAGCAUCAGUAUUCAUGUAGAUCUUUGUUUACUGACAUAAGCUGAAUUACAAUUCUGAAGCCUAAGUAUACAGAUUUGAAGAUUUUAAAUAUUUCUCUGUCCUAAUUUGGAAUCAGCUGAAAACACAUCAAUAUUCAUUUUCCACAGCCAGUUGCUUUUUGAAUUGCAAUUAGUCUUUCACAGACAAGCAUGUAAAUUUUUCUCCAACUACAAGAAGUUGUUGAAUAAAAGAUGUUACCUCUCUAAAGAUUUUGCUUCAUGUAAACACAAGUUUUGGAGACCAAAUGAAGAAGAUUCUAGAAUUAAUUGUAAUUAAAUAUAGGCAUUGGCAUUCAGUUCUCCUACAGAGAUACCUAAUGAACUUAGAUAUUGAAUUUGAAUUCUAUUCCCAGAACUUUCUUUUGAUUUCAUUAUAUUCAUACACAACAGAAAUAUGAUUGAUCUACCUAUAUACUGAUCUUCAAAAUCAGAUUAUUUCUGUUAAUUUCAUUCUGUGGCAGAUUUAUUUUCUGUGCCUUGAUCAUUAUCUUCCUCCAUUUAUCCUCAAUUUUAUUUUUGAUUCUCAAUUUUCUUUUCCACUUUUUCAAUUUGCCUCUAUUUUACCAAAAUUAUUCUCAUAAGAAAUUUUUCAGUCUAUUUUACUUCUCUUAUUUGAAAGAAUAAAAUUACUAUUUGUUUUAUUUUGAUUAUGUAAAAUCUAGCCACAGUAAGAGCCAAAAUUGGCUUUCAUAUUCUUUGUAUACAACUGCUACAAGUCUCUUCUAAAGAGAAUUAAUGAAGAAUUUUUAAUUCAUUUUUUUCUCAUCAUUAUGUUUGCUCUUAUUAAAAAAAUAAUAAUAGUUUUACCUUUGUUUUCAAAGGGAAUGUAUUUAAAUCCAAAUAGUAUAUCAUUGCAGUCUUGAUUUCUGUGAUUCAUUAAGACCCAUUUUUUAUGUAUGAGUUAAAAUCUCUUCUGAUACACUGAAUUGUGCUAAACAAUAUUAGGUUUACAGGAAAAUCUGAUGUCUUUUCAAAAAACAGGUGAUCUUGUUGAUCUACCAUGGUGUCUUUUGUCUCACAUAACGUCUUUGAUUUCCAAGUAUGAAAAUCACAGUGAAAUAAGAGCUGCAACAAACAUUAAUUUUAGUGAAAUCAAUGACUAAAUUCUGCAAAAGGCUGCUUUUAAGGUUACUAGUUUAAUGUUCUGGUUUAAUAGUCUAAUUUAAUAUUCUAUUAGUAUUCUACUGUAAUAUUCUAUGCUCUAAAAUGUUAACUUUUUCUCUGUCUUUCCAAUUUUUGUUCAAGAACAUCAACCAGUUUUACUAGAAUGUCUAUGUUUCACAUCAGCCUGGAUUUAUACAUGGAAUUAGAUCCAUUUUUUCUUAUUGUUGUCUAUCUUUAUACAUGAACAUCUUUUGAACUAAUCAAACACAAGUAAAAAUAAUUAAAAUUACAGUCGUCUGAAGUAAUUAAAAUUAAGACCCUCUGGGACUACUGAGAAGUCUUACAUUUCUCUGUUUUAUGUGUCAAAAAUGCCUUUUUUAUUUAUUCAUGGUUUAUUAGAAAUUUUAAUAAUUUUCUUUUUGCUGCCACUGGUUUUGAGAUAGAAAGAAGGCCAAGGAAGUGAAUGCUGGAAAGGUUAUUUUUAAUUGGAUGAGUCCAUACAGAUUUUUAUAACAAAUUAGAAAAAGCAAUACUUUCAGAAAGCAAUCAUUCUCAGAUUGUUGCAAAGAAAUCAUAGAGUCAUAGAAUGAAUCACAGAAUCAAGAUCAUCUGGUUCCAACCCCACUGCUAUGAGCAGGGACACCCUCCACUAGACCAGGUUGCUCAGGACCCCAUCCAAAUUGGCCAAAUUUGCUUCUUGAGGUGCUUUUGGAAGCAAUACCUAAAAGACAAAAUAAGCAGGUUUCCCAGAAGAGGAAAUUGUUAUGGCUGUAACAGUGCCAUUAAUAUUUAUUAAUAGAAUUAUUAAAGAAAUUAUGAAAGAACUUACUUUUUUCAGGGCUUUAAUUGGUUAUUUAAGUCAACAAAAUAAAAAAAAAUACUGCAGCACAUUAUGUCUCUGUUUUUCAAAUUAAUUAAUCUUUCUGAUUUAAUUUAUCUCAAAAUGCUAGCUGGCUAAACUUCAAGAGUAUACUUUUCUAGACACUCUUUGAGGCUGUAUAAAUAUGGAAUAAUUCAACUUGAACUCAAUAGAAAAAAAUCAAGAAAAAUAGCUAAAAUUUUUAUUACACUUUUGAUGUGUUUUUACAAAUAGUGUAGUGUUAAAAAAUCCAUUUCAAAAAAUAAAUACUAACAUUGUGAUCCUCUACUGCUUCUGGAACUGUUGAUUACCUUGCAGUUUUGGACUAUUCCUUUUAGGUAUUUUUUAUACUUACAGUUUUUUAUUAUUGACAGUGAUGGAUGCUAGAUAUAUAAUCCAUAUUAAGAAAUAUCUACAUAGAAAAAUGUCAAUUAAUAGCUAUUCUUUAGUGGAGCUCUUUAGUAUUGACAUUAUGUGAUCCAAUUUUAUAGAAAAGUUUUGCAUUGUUAUCAAAGUCACAAAUAAGGCAAUAAAAAGAUCUAAAGGUAUCUGAAGGUGACCUGUUAUCUAUGACUUUGUAUUACUUAUUUCAUGAGGAAUAAAUAGAGAAGGCAUUUCCACAAAAGCUUUAAAAAAGCUCUUGUAACUGUUAUCAAAUAACAAUAAUAGAUUGCAUAAUUUAAAUUCUUGAAAUAUAAAGUUCUUGGAUUUUUUGCGUUUACUGUACCAAGGAAAUGUACACAGACUAGGUAAUGCAGGCUUACUGCCAGCUCAGAAUCUCAAUAUGUAAAAGUAACUACAGAUAUAUUUCUUUAAAAACAGAUCAUCCAUGUAGUAUAUCUGUUCUAACUUAAAUGAGAAUGCAUAAAAUAUUCAACAGAAUAAUUAUUCUUCAGCCUUGUUCUAACUCCAGUGUAAAGCUGCUCGAAUUGGCAUAACCUUGCAUUUCAUUGCAAAUUUCCUCAUUAUAGUUCUGCUUCAUAGUUCAUGGGGAUUGGCUACACUUUGGCACAGAAAAACCACUGAAAAUUGUUAAAUCAGCAAAGGUUUGAUUUCCAAGUGUAGGACUACAGCUGUUGGACACGAAACGAUAAAGAAAAUUACUAGCACAGAUAAGAAUUGUAGUGACAGGGAACAAUACAACCUUGAGUCACUGGCUAUUCACACCUUCACCUUGGACAAUCUAUGGAGCUGCCAAAUUCAUCACCUAAGAGUUGCAAAAGUAGUCAAAGCUGAGGUAUAAGCAACUUACACUUAUAUCACCCUAUAUUUUUCCAGAUUUCCCAUGAUGACAUGAUGCUUAAAAAAUGCACUAAAAUUAAAAUAAGGAUGGUAAUAAAUCCUCUCUUGCAGAAGUCUAGCACUCCUCAGAAUUACGUCUGUGAAUCAGAUUAAUGUUCAGUCUUCUUCUCUUAAGUGGCCUAGGUUGUGUGUUAAGUCUGGUGACAUCUUUAGUGAACUAUUUCUAAUGUCCCCAACAAAAGUCACUGAAGAGGACUGCCUUUAAUGGCCUCCAGGAAGAAAUGGUGUUCCAAAGGUGAGAUGUUUCAAUUAAAUAGAUGAGCAUUCAGUUUAGCCACCCCACAUAAGUGUCUGAUAUCAUGUGAGAUGCCCAAAACUAUCUAAGUCAUUCACACUGGGCUGAAGGUAUGACACAGAUGAAGUUAUGUAGUGGUAACAGAAGUUUGAAUGGGCUGUUAAGUAUUCCAGAUGAUAUUAGACACCUUUUUGUGGGCAAAUAGAAUCCAUGAUCCCAUAUAUAUAUAUAUAUAUAUGUAUGUAUACAUGCAUAUGCAGUGCCACUAUCUUACAACCCACCUGUGUGAAGGGAAAGGCUGAAUUUCAAAAUAUUUUACUUCAGGUUGCUUAAGAUUGAAAAUAUUAACCUUGAUAGUCCAAUGAAUGAUACAAAGAAUGAACAUAGGUGUGACAGCUCAAUCCAUUAAUACUCAUUAAUGCUGGCAAGUAUGGGAAAUGCUAACUUGGAGAGAUCCACUUUAUAAGAAAAAUCAGCUUCUGUGUAUCACUUCAGUCAAAAAUUUGUUCUGUAAGCAAGUCAGGAAUAAAUCACCCUUACUCACCAACAUUAGUUUCUAUCACCUAAUGUAGGCUUUUUGGGUUUGCUUUUCUAUUUAGCAGUAAAAUGUUUCUGAGAGAAAUUCUGUAAAGGUUUGAGUGGCACAUUUCAGUCACAUUGUGGAAAAUCUCACAUGCAGACAUAGUGUGAAAACCAAUACUAUAUGGCUUAGGUUUUGAGUUUGUUUUUUCUUGUUUCUACAUCUGUAUAUUUUCCAGGAUAUCAAUUAAUUUUAAAUGGUCAUUUGUUCCAUAUGAAAGGUAAAAGAGAAAGAAGACUUGCUAUAGCAGGCUGAAUGAAUAAAUAUCCAUUUCAUAAUAAAGAGUAUUCUCAAAUAUGGAUAUCUACUGUGUAAAUAUCCACAUCAGAAUUAUACAUCCAAAGGAUUUUCUUAUACCCAGAGUAGCAAAAUCACUAUUUCCAGGACAUGAUUCAUCUCAUUAAUAUGGUGAAAUAAAUCACAUUUUAAAAAUGUGUUUCUCUCCAUUGACUGCAAAAGUGCCUAAAAUGACUAGUUCAGACAGAAAUACUUAAGCUGGAUAAGAUGAAUCUCUACCUUUGAUAGAUGCCUAGAAGGAACUGGUCCCACAACUAUUUAUUUCCAAUAACUAUGACAGGAAUUUAAUUUAGAAUAGAACUGCAAGACUCAAAUAUGCAUUGAACAAAAAUCAAUUUCUCUGUUCUGAAAUCAAACACUCAUGAUAUUGAGAGAGUGGAUAAUUUGGAGCUUUCAAAUGACAUGAAAAAAUAAGCAAAAGAUGGCUCUCUGUUAACCUAGAGGGAGAAAAAGUAUUCAGAAAAUUGUAGCUGCAGCCCCUGGUUACCUAGAUUUUAGAUAUCCUAGAUUUCAGGGAUAAGGAAGCAAUUUAAUACAAUAACCUGCAAAACAUAUCUAUAUAUGAUAUAUCUAAGUUCAUAUGUCUAUAUGAACUUAAACCUUCAGAACAUGAAAUAGGAUUAUUUAAAAACUUAGGAUUGCUGUAAUCAAUGGGCAUCUUUAUUCCAGGCCCUUGCGUAGGAAGAGAAAAACUGGAGAAAAGCAGUUUCCUCCCACCAGAUGGGUCACCUCAUCCAAAUGUAGGCAUACAUAAGAAUCACCUGCUUGAAAUGCAUUGUUUUCCUCUUUGAUUCAUAAAGGAACCAAUGAGAAUAACCCAGAUUUAGGCACCUAAAUUAGUAGAAAUACCAAUAAUGAAGAGUAGAAAAAUGCCAAUAGUGUGAUCUGUCUGAAGUUGUAAAUCUGUUUGACUUUCUUACAGAUUUAUCCACAUUAUCAUUUAUCUCACAAGUAGCUUACACCAUACUACAUAUUCUUGGCCAGAUCUAUAUAUAGACAAUUAAAGGAUAUAUACUUUUUGUGACCAAAUGCAACUAUUGAAAUAAUAUCCAUUGUACAGCUAGGUGAAUUUCUUUGUUGUUUUUAUGAAAGUUCACGGUCUUUGUGCAGUUCUGCUCAAAGUGCAAAAGCACUGGAUUAAUUGUUGGUUUCAUCAUAAAUUGUGGAUAUUUAGCACCUUCCAAAAUCACAGACCAUUUUCUUUGCUCUUUAAAAUCAGAUGUUUAUUUUUUUAUUCCGUUUUUCUAAAUUGUGGCUAUAUUUUACAUAAGACAUUUUUAUGCAACACAUGUUUAUGUGUCUGGAUCCUUGCAGAAAAAUACAUGUCAGGAUUCUGCUGGAAUGCGAUUACCAAACACAUAAGGUUUUAAAAAUGCAUUUUCUGUGAUAGGUACUUAACAUAUCUUUGGUUAUGUGUAGUUGACUUUAGGGAACUGACUCAGAGUUAUUUAAAAAUAUAUAAAGAAAAUGAAAACAAGAUUUUCAAUAAACUUUACUUGCUUGACUGUUAUCUUUCCCCUCUUGCCUCCAAAAAAAGCAACAAAACCCUCCAAAAACCCAAAAAACAACAACAAAAAAGGCAACCAAAAAAGUAAGCAGAUAAGUUCUAUGUACUUUUUAAUUUCAUUGUACAUUCAAUAAUUUAUAUUGUCAUUAAUUAUGAUUACUUGAAAAAUUAGAAUUAUACAGAGGAAGAGCUUUAACCAAAAUAGGACAGAAGUAACUGUUAUGCACGGAUUGAAUGCCUUCAUUAACUGGGGAAAAAAAAAAUCAUUUUUCUAGAAUGGUCUAGUCAACCCACAGUGUCAGUAAUCUUAUGCUAAUGGAUGACUUGUUCUUUAGCUAAAAUGCUUCUGCCUUCAUCUUACAUACCAAAAGAGCUUGUAUCAGAUUUUGGCUGCUUGCUUUGAGAAAGAGACUGGAAAAUGAGGGCUGAGUCUUUAAUGCAGGAGGGACAUUGUUAAAGCAGGAAUGAUGUGGUUAUCAGCAUGUCAUAAAUAUAAAAUUUCCAGUGCUGUCAUAUGAGCAUGCAACUGUUUGCAGAUGUAUUAUAGGACUUUUGCAUCAAAUGGGUCCAGUCAGAAGUUUUGAAGUUUAGUAAAAAACAAAAUCAGUAUUGAAGAAAUACCUUGGGAUGCUGACAUAUGAGUUUACUUAGUAUGGAAAGGGACUUCAGAGCAAAAUAAGUGUACAAUGUUUUGGAAAGUAAGACAAUAAAUACAUUAGGAAAAUGUAUAAAUAUGGUUGUAAAUACAUUCGAUUAAGCUGUCCUAAGUUUUGCAAUAUUUGCAGAGCAGUUUACUGAAUGUUUUGCUUUUACCAUGGUUCUGUUAACAUCUUGGACAUGUAUGUAUAGAAUGCAAGUGAAGACAAUAGAGCACAAUGUUAAACUCUUAACUUGAUUUUGUUUGACACAAAUUGUUUCUAAUAAAUUUGAAUCUUGAAAAUGUCACUGUGCAAAAAUAAAUAUGCCUGUUUUUA